AUGGGUUGCCACAUCUGCAAACUUCCGGGAAGAGUCAUGGGGAUCCGAGUGCUCCGGUUCUCCCUGGUGGUCAUCCUUGUGUUGCUGCUGGUAGCGGGGGCUUUGACCAACUUACUCCCCAACAUCAAAGAAGACAAGAUGCUCACUCUGCGUAGGGAGAUCAAAUCCCCGAGCAAGUCGGCCCUGGAUUCAUUCACUCUCAUCAUGCAGACAUACAACAGAACAGACCUCUUACUAAGACUCCUAAAUCAUUAUCAGGCGGUACCGAAUCUGCACAAGGUGAUCGUGGUGUGGAACAAUGUGGGAGAGAAGGGCCCAGAGGAGUUGUGGAAUUCUCUAGGGCCUCACCCGAUCCCUGUCAUCUUCAAACCACAAACAGCAAACAAAAUGAGAAACCGACUCCAGGUCUUCCCUGAAGUGGAGACCAAC